AUUUAACAUACGGCAUUGCUUCUUUAUCGUUUAUAUGCGGCUGUCCACGAUUGCCUGUUAAUCCCUCACCUCCCAAUUUUGUCGGCUCCUUCACAUCGAAGGUUGCACGUUGUGCUAUUACGUCCUCCGAAUACAUAAUCAAGGAUGUCAGCAACAAUCGGGAAGGAGACUGGGACAAUUACCCAGUACAAGCAGCCCGAAUUCGUCUCCCAACGCCUAACAGGAGCAUUCUGCUCCCAAUUUGAGAUGAAUAACCUACCAUCGCACAAAUAUGAGACGCUUCCCAUUAAACAAGGACACCUUCCAGGUUACAUGGGCCACAUUCCCGGAGCAGGUUCAGCUAUUGCGCAACGCAGGGCGCAGGCAGCACUUCACACGCACACCCAUCUCGCCACGUCCGUCACAUUGCCCAAGGACAGCCCGCUAACUGACAUGGCGCUGGUGGACCUGCGACCGGAGCAGCGCAGCAUGGCGAAGGUCUACAUGUAUGCCGAGGAUGCAAAGAGUGAGUUCCUAAAGUUCCCGACGCCCAAGACCUUCGACCACCGGCGCAGUUAAAGGAUGACUCCUGCUGAAUUAAGCAAGCUGGUGUGCCGGAAUUCGUGUGUCUCCAAUGAACGGGC